UUUUGAAUCAUUAUGUAAAAAUUUAUCUCAAACAAUGCUUCUUUACGUGCAUUUUGCGUAGCUUUUACAUACUAUCGAAUGCAGAACAAUUCUCAGCACAAAAAAAAAAAAAAAGAAAAAAUGUGUGAGGAAAUAGAGGAAAGUUUGGUGAUGGUCUCGGGCUCGGGAUUCGCGCGUGGGCUUUGAGAUGCGAUCCGCUUAGUUUGAUCAAACAAUUGAAAUGAAUGAAACACGUGGCUAGGCGAUGUCGAUUUUGAUAGUAGGAAAUUACAAUUUGGUCUUCAAACAGUGGGGAUAGCUUCAUCUUAAAAAGUGUUGAAGAGCAAAAAGUUCUUGUUUGUUUAGUUCGGUCCUUUGGACUUGAUGUGUGAGAGAGAGAGAGAGAGAGAGAGUGGAGAGAUGGAGAAUCCGAGGCUAUCAAUGUCGGUAGUGAUGGGGUUGAUUUGCGUUGUGGGUUUAUGCAACGCGAUCGAAUCGCCGCAGUAUACAGUGGCUCACACAGAAUCUGAGUUCGAGAUCAGACUCUAUAGAGAAUCCACUUGGAUGUCUGCUCCUGUUCGAGAAAUCUCUUUCCAGAAGGCCACCAGAAAUGGAUUUCAUAGGUUAUUCCAGUUUAUUCAAGGUGCCAACCUAAAUUUCUCUAGAAUUGCAAUGACAGCUCCCGUGUUGACAAGCAUAGUACCAGGAGCUGGCCCUCUUCAUUCAUCAGCAUAUUUUGUUAGACUGUACUUGCCAGUGAAAUUCCAAGCUGAUCCACCGACACCGCUUCCUGAGCUAGACUUGGAACCUUAUCCAUGGGAUAGUCGCUGUGUUGCUGUCAGGAAGUUCUCCGGAUUUGCAAGGGAUGAUAACAUUGUAAGAGAGGCAGAGAAACUUGCCAUUAGCUUGGCCAGGUCUCCAUGGGCAAACUCCACAUCUUCUGAAACUAGCUAUGGAUACUCAAUUGCACAAUACAAUUCUCCUUUUCGUUUAAUUGGGCGUGUGAAUGAAGUUUGGGUGGAUAUUGAUGCUUCAGUAGUAGAUGGCUGUAAACCCAUUGUCAUAGCUAUAUACUGAAAUACUAGAGAAUGGGUUGUCUGAACCAUGUAAAUUGUGCAUUAGCUUAACCAUCCUAAUUUGAUAUGUACAUAUUCUCAUACAUAUGCUGAAUAUAUUCUCCUUUGACCUUCGAUAUGAUUUGUGUAUUGAAUAAAUCUGUGUAAGAAAUUUCAAGCUGUGUUUUAUUGUUA